AUGGAGGGAGGCCCUCCUCCCGACCCUCCACCUUUGAAGGAAUCCUCGUCUCCGUCGCAUGCUCAGAAGGAUUCCGAAUUGAUGCCCCAAUCUCGUUCGUGGGCACAAGUUACUUCAGGUGUGGGAAAGAACAUUGCUCAUAUAAAUGCUAACUUUAUUACUGCUGAUCAACUUUCUAGAAUUAAGGCUGCAACUACAGAUCGUGUAGUUAUUGAUCCAAUAGAGCUCCAGGAGAGUAUAAAUGAAUGGCAGUUCUCAUUAAUUGGUAAGUUUCUUACCAGACCUCCACCUUUACAUAUUAUUAAGAAUGUCCUAAGCACUAUUUGGCCUACUGAUGGGAACCUUGACAUUAUUGACCUGCCAUCGGGUUUCUUCUUGUUCAAGUUCUCAAGCGAGCAAGCUAUGCUAUCAAUCCUGUCAGCUAGCCCAUGGACAGUGAGGGGUCUACCCCUUAAUCUCAUGCGAUGGAGGCCAAAUUUUAACCCAAUGGAGGAGAUGAUCUCUACUGCUCUAGUAUGGGUCCACUUCCACAAUUUACCCAUUGAGUACUGGAAGCAGCCUAUUUUCUUGCAAAUUGCUAGUCGGGUUGGUAGGCCACUCAAGUUAGAUGAUACGACGCUUACUAGGGCCCGGGGACAGUUCGCCCGAGUUUGCAUUAAGAUUGAUCUCUCAAAACCACUAUGUCAAGGAUUAUGGGUGGGUCCUCUUGAGAGGGAAGCUUAUGUGCUUAUUUCUUAUGAGAAUCUCCCUGUUGUCUGCUUUUGCUGUGGGCAUGUGGGUCACCGACCCACGGAUUGUCCCACAAAAAAGUUGAUGAUAGUGAAGGAUCCAAUUAGAAUGAGUAAUAGUUUAAGUGAAGGAGAGCCUGGUGAGGAGAAUUCAAGGCAACAGGACAAUGAGGAUGAUACAUUUCUAUUUGGCCCCUGGAUUCGGGUGAGACGUCGCUCUGGGCGUCGUGGACGUAGCCGUCGUCGUUCAAGAUCACAGCAGCCUAAGACAAUAAGCCCGACUCCGACCGCCGACAGAGGUGUGCGUGAUAACCCGGUUCAAGAAACUCGGGGGUUUAUCGUGGGCCGGGGCGAACCGGCCACAAAAGACCGUUCUGACCACUCACGUGAUAUGGCUCUCAACGGGAAAAAUCACAUUAAUGAGCGUGUCAGAUUUAACCCAUUAAUAUCCUCCAUGAUUACUCCUGCCCAUAGAGGGGAUGCUGCUACUUUAAAUGUUGACCAAGGGGAGACCAAUGUGAACAGGCCAACUAGCAUGAAGUUAGCAAUGGGCCCAAUGGGUUCUGACAGAUGGAAGAAAAGUGGCUUAAAUAAUUCAAAUGCACGUGAUGGACUUAUGACCACAGAGGUAUCCGNCAAUGUGAACAGGCCAACUAGCAUGAAGUUAGCAAUGGGCCCAAUGGGUUCUGACAGAUGGAAGAAAAGUGGCUUAAAUAAUUCAAAUGCACGUGAUGGAGUAUUAGCUUGGACAAGUGGGACCCAAAAGAUAGUGCAUGGGGGCCCAAGUGAGUUGGUGGAUCAAAUUAAGUCUGUGAAUUAUGGUGUUCUUGAAUCAAAUGACGAUCAGAUCGCAGCACGUGGCGAGGCUAUGUCCGUUGAUCGGCAUCCUCAUAAUGGGGAUCAAUGUAUGGAAGAAGGUAACCAUGGCGGGCUCUUGCAGCCAGCUAGCUUUUUUCCCUCUUCUUCUGACCCCAAGCGCCUAGACACCUCUGCCGGCGAGGGGUCAUCUAGACCUCCCUCCCCAACGGAGAUGCUAGCUAAGAAGGUCUCUAUGGCCCUUGACGCCCUUCCUCCUCUUGCUCAUCGGCAGCCCCUUCGAUCAAGUUUAGCUCGAAAACUGGCUAGGCUUGGCUCUAAAAAGGGUAUUAUGGAGGAGCUCGAUGUGGGGGAUCUUGCCCAAAAGUCGCCGGAGCUGCUAAAGGCCAAACUGAAAAGUGCAUCUCGACGAUCGACAAAACGACAACCCCAAAAGAAGGACUUCGAAGCGGCCUCAAUGGCUGAUGAGCUAGAUCUGGAAUCUUCUGUUUCCUUAUGA